CAAGUAUUACACAGGUCUUAGAGGUCCUGGCUGAUAAAACACCUUUUACUCAGCUUCCUGAAUAAUUUGAUUUCUUCUGGAUAAUAUUGGGUUGUGGCUUCUGGAUGAAAUGUUUGGUUUUUCUUUCUUCAUUUUGUCUUUGAUGACUUGUCAGCCUGGGGUAACUACACAAGACAAGGUGAACCGUCGGGCUACAGAGCAUGCAGCCCCCACAGCAGUUACCUGUCGCCUGGACAACUGGUCAGAGUGGACAGAUUGCUUCCCAUGCCAGGACAAAAAGUACCGAUACCGGAGCCUCCUGCAACCAAAUAAGUUUGGGGGAACCAUCUGCAGUGGCGAUAUCUGGGAUCAAGCCAGCUGUCACAGUCCCACAACAUGUCUACAGCAAGCACAGUGUGGACAGGAUUUUCAGUGCAAAGAGACAGGUCGAUGCCUGAAACGCCACCUUGUGUGCAAUGGAGACAGAGACUGCCUUGAUGGCUCUGAUGAAGACAACUGUGAAGAUGCCAGGGUCCCUGAAAAUGACUGCAGCCAGUAUGACCCGAUACCAGGAUCAGAAAGGGCAGCCUCUGGGUACAAUAUUCUGACCCAGAAAUAUGUUCAGAGCGUCUAUGAUGCCAGGUACUAUGGGGGGCAGUGUGAGACAGUCUACAACGGGGAGUGGAGGGAGCUUCGCUAUGACCCUGCCUGUGAGCGCCUCUACUAUGGAGAAGAUGAAAAGUACUUUCGGAAACCCUACAAUUUCCUCAAGUACCACUUUGAAGCCUUGGCAGAUACUACAAUCUCCUCAGAGAUGUAUGAUAAUGCAAAGGACCUUUUUUCUAAAAUAAGAAAUGACAAGUUUGUGUCCGCUGGAGUGACCAUCGGCAUAGGUCCUGCAAAGAGUCCUUUUUCUGUGGAAGGGGGCGUAUCUGGGUCAGAAGACUCUAAGUUAUUGAAUGAAUUAAGCAAGUACAAUAAUAAGAAAUAUGGUUUUCUGAGAAUUUUUACAAAGGUGCAGACUGCUAAUUUUAAGAUGAGGAGGGACAAUAUCAUGUUGGAUGAAGGAAUGCUGCAGUCAUUAAUGGAGCUUCCAAAUCAAUAUAAUUAUGGCAUGUAUGCCAAAUUCAUCAAUGACUAUGGUACCCACUACAUAACAUCUGGAUCAAUGGGCGGCACUUAUGAGUAUAUUCUGGUACUUGACAAAGAUAAGAUGAAAACAUCAGCUGUUACCAGUAAAGAUGUCGAGAAAUGUUUUGGAGGCUCUCUGGGUAUUACCUAUGACUAUAAGGAGAAUACCCAAAUUGGAGGAGGUCUAUCAGGAAAAUCUUGUGAAAAUAUUGGAGGUGGUAAAAUAGGCAAGUAUUUAAAGAAUAAGAUCAUUGAAAAUGCCAUUUCUCGGGUCCAAGGUGGCAGUACUGGCUGGGGUGGUGGCUUGGCAGCAAACAGCAGCACCAUUACUUAUCGUUCCUGGGGGAGGUCAUUAAAGUAUAAUCCUACUGUUAUUGAUUUUGAGAUGCAACCCAUCUAUAAGAUCCUGCAGCACACAAACCUGGGACCCUUGGAUACCAAACGCCAGAACCUGCGUCGGGCCUUGGACCAGUACUUGAUGGAAUUCAACGCCUGCCGCUGUGGGCCUUGCUUCAACAAUGGGGAGCCUAUACUCACAGGCACCAGCUGCAGUUGUCAGUGUCCCCAAGGUCGUAAGGGCCUUGCCUGUGAGCAUAUGGAGCUGGAGGAUGCCCGGGCAGAUGGUCGCUGGAGCUGCUGGAGCUCUUGGUCAUCCUGCAGAGCAGGAACUCAGGAAAGAAGGAGAGAGUGCAAUAACCCUGCACCCCAGAAUGGAGGCGCCUCCUGUCCAGGGUGGAGUGUGCAAACUCAGACCUGUUGAGUAUCUCUGGACAAAGACUAUGACAGACGUAGCAGUUGUUACCACUUGGACUGACCACUGGGCAACAACCUCCUUCAGCUCUGAGGAAUGCAAAUCAACAUGGGUUUUGUCUUCAUGCUGCCAGCUCCCAAACCUCAUUUAUAACCUACAGACACAUACUUUGCCUACAGAGCUCAGUCAUCCAAAUGCUGGAUAUUAGCGAGAGGCAGAGACCACACAGCAUUUUAGAUAAUCCAGAACAAAAACAAAAAAUUAGAAAACUAAAACCAUACAUAAUCCACGUCUUAGAGAAUGAGAGGGAUAAGGCGGGCAGAUCUCCCUCAAAUAAUCAAUGGCCAAUAAAACAAAGUGUGCUGAAAAUUCUCAA